AUGGUAGACUCUCGCGAAUGGUUCAGCGAUCUUUUUAGAGCAUUAACAGAGAGAGAAUUUCCCGUCGAUGUCAGAGAACGCUUCAACGUCUCUGAAGAAACGACCGAUCCGUCGAAACCGUACGUGGUAAAUUUGCCAAUGACAGGUUUGGUGUUCGAUUAUAAAUACAUCAAAGAGGGUAGAGGCAAAUGGAGGCCGUGGAUGGAAGAUCUUCAAGAUGCUCCGGCAAUACCGAAAGACCUGCCGGUUAAUCAAAUAAUCGUGCCAACGAUCGAAACUGUUCGUUACUUUCAUCUGUUCAAACUGUUGAUCUGUCACCACAAACCUGUGCUUCUUGUCGGUCCAACUGGUACCGGGAAGUCCGUGUACGUCAUGGACUUUUUAUUAAAGAGAAACGAUCCAGAAAUCUUCAAGCCACUUUUCGUAAUAUUCUCCGCUCAAACUACCGCCAACCAAACCCAAGAGAUCAUCAUGAACAAAUUGGACAGACGAAAGAAAGGGUUGUACGGCGCGCCGCCAGGAAAGCAUUGGGUGAUAUUCGUGGAUGACGUCUCUAUGCCACAGAAGGAAGAGUACGGUGCACAACCACCCAUAGAGUUGUUGAGACAGUGGCUGGACCAUUGGACGUGGUACGAUGUGAAGGAGGUGGUACCCAUACGUCUGGUUGACGUUCAGUUGGUUUGCGCGAUGAGCCCCCCAGCGAGCGGACUUGACGUUACGCCACGGUUCAAAAGACACUUCUUCACGCUAGGGAUUUCCGAGUUCUCCGACGAUGUUCUCAACACCAUUUUCACCACCAUCGUGUCCUGGCACUUCAAGAACAAAGAAUUCCCGGAUUUUUACUUCCCUAGCGUUGAUUACAUCGUGAGCGGGACUUUGGACGUUUAUAAAGAAACUAGGAAGCAUCUUCUACCGACACCGGCCAAAUGUCAUUAUUUGUUCAACCUGCGAGAUUUCUCCAGAGUGAUCCAAGGUGUGUUGCUCUGCACGCCUGAAACUGUCGCGGAACCUCGAAGUUUAAAACGACUCUGGGUACACGAAGUGCUGCGCGUUUAUGGUGAUCGGUUGGUAGACGACAAUGAUAUUAAAUGGCUUGUCGAGCAAAUACGACGAACCAUGUCAGAAUAUAUGGACGACAAUCUGGACGAUCUGUUUCAAGAUUUACUCACACACGCUCGUGCUAACACAAUAACAGAAACAGAGCUUCGAAAUCUGGUGUACUGCGACUUUCAAGAUCCACUGGCGGACAAGAAACAAUAUAUCGAGGUUGCAGAUUUAGACUAUUUGGCGAUAGUGGCUGAAGAAUAUCUCGUGGAAUAUAACACGAUUUCGAGGACACCGAUGAAUCUCGUUCUUUUCAGAUUCGCCGUAGAACACUUAUCAAAGAUCUAUCGUAUAAUGAUGCAGCCUCGAAGUCACGCACUAUUAAUCGGCGUGGGUGGUUCAGGCCGCCAGUCGUUGACAAAAUUGGCGGCUCACAUCGCGGAUUACGAGCUGUUCCAAGUGGAGAUGUCCCAGCAAUACGGUUGCUACGAAUGGCACGAAGACGUGAAAGAGAUUUUAAGGAAAAGCGCGGCCAGCGACCUGCACACGGUUUUCCUAUUUCUGGACACACAGAUUAAAGAGGAGACGUUUUUAGAAGAUAUCAGCAAUUUAUUGAAUUCCGGCGAGGUUCCUAACAUAUUCGCGGCCGACGAGGUAUCCGAUAUUUGCGACAAGAUGCGGGUGAUCGAUCGCCAAAGAGACAGAUCCUUGCAAACGGAUGGAAGCCCCGUGGCGUUGUUCAAUUUCUUCGUGCAGACUGUUCGUGAACACUUGCACAUCGUGGUCACUAUGUCACCGAUCGGUGACAAUUUCCGUACGAGAGUUCGAAAAUUCCCGGCGUUGGUGAACUGUUGCACGAUAGACUGGCUGCAGCCUUGGCCGGAGGACGCGUUGCUCGCUGUGGCGACCAAGUUCCUGGACGAGAUCGAUCUGACGAAGAUGGAACGUUCCGCCUGUAUCGAGAUGUGCCAGUACUUUCACACGUCCACGCAGGAAUUGUCGAAGGAGUUCCUGAGAAAGUUGAAGAGGUACAACUACGUUACGCCCACUUCGUAUCUGGAGCUCAUCAACACAUUCAAGGACCUGCUGGCGAAGAAGAGGAAGGAGGCGCUCGAUGGUAAAAGAAGGUACGAGGCAGGGUUGGAAAGAUUGGACAGUACUCACAGGCAAGUGGAGAAGAUGCAGGAGAUUUUAGUUGCGCUACAACCGAAGUUGCUCGUCGCAGCCAAGGACGUGGAGGCCAUGUUUCUUGACGUUCAAAGGGAAAGUGACGAGGUGGCUGCCAUGGAGCGAGUCGUCAAGAGGGACGAAGAGGCCGCCAUGGUCGUCGCGAGCGAGGCGAACGCCAUCCGCGCAGAAUGCGACGCCGAUCUGCAAGAAGUGAUGCCGAUAUUAAACGCGGCGAACGAUGCCUUGAACACUCUGACUCCUCAGGAUAUUCAAAUCGUGCGAUCCAUGAAACGACCGCCAGCCGGCGUUCGGCUGGUGAUGGAGGCAGUUUGCAUUCUAAAGGACGUGAAGCCGGAGAAGGUUAAAACUCCGGAUGGAAUUGUCGACGAUUAUUGGAAACCGUCUCUCCGUUUGUUGAGCGACAUGAGGUUCCUCGAGUCUCUGUUGAUAUACGACAAGGACAACAUUCCGGAAAGGAUCAUGACGAAAAUCCGCACCACCAUCCUGACGAAUCCGAACUUCGAUCCAGAGAGGAUCAAAUUCGUUUCCACCGCCUGCGAAGGCCUCUGCAGAUGGGUGUUCGCUCUAUCAGAAUACGACAAGGUGGCGAAGAUCGUUGCGCCGAAGAAGCAAGCCCUGGCUGUGGCAGAAGCCGACUACAAGGAGGCGAUGACGCAAUUGAACUUGAAGAGAAGUCAACUCCAAGAGGUUCGUGACAGGCUGGCGGGGCUGGAGAAGCUUCUGGCUGAACGAAGAGCCGAGUAUCAGGCGAUGACGGACGAGGUGUACGAGUGCGAGACGAGAUUAAGGAGGGCCAGGGAGCUGAUUGGCGGCUUAGGGGGAGAAUACACCAGAUGGUCGGAUACGGCAAAGGAACUGGGCGAACGUUAUUACAAACUGACAGGCGAUAUUCUCAUCGGUUCUGGGAUCGUGGCCUAUUUGGGGGUGUUCACCACUCAGUAUAGACAGCAACAGAUCGACAAAUGGGUGCAGAUCUGUACUGAUUUGAAAGUGGUCUGCACGAAGGACUAUCAACUGACUCAGAUUCUGGGUGAUCCUGUGUCGAUACGCUCUUGGAAUAUCUUCGGGUUGCCCAGCGAUUUGUUCUCGAUAGACAACGCGAUUAUCGUCACAAAUUCUCGACGAUGGCCGCUGAUGAUCGAUCCUCAAGGCCAGGCGAACAAAUGGGUGAAGAACAUGGAGAAGGAAAAUAAUAUUCACGUGAUCAGAUUGUCGCAGGUUGAUUAUAUGAGGGUUUUGGAAAAUGCUGUUCAAUUUGGGCAGCCGGUUCUGUUGGAGAAUGUGGGCGAGGAGCUUGACGCUGCUCUAGAAUCGCUUCUGAUGAAACAAACUUUCAAGUCUGGUGGCACCGAGUGUAUCAAGAUUGGAGAUUCCAUUAUCGAGUACUCUCCCAAUUUUCGAUUUUACAUCACAACUAAACUGCGUAAUCCUCAUUAUUUGCCGGAAGUAGCGGUGAAAGUAACAUUGUUGAAUUUCAUGAUCACGCCGAUAGGCCUGGAAGAUCAGCUGCUCGGUAUCGUGGUGGCCAAAGAAAAGCCAGAUUUGGAGUCUGAGAAGAACCAGCUAAUUAUCCAAGGAGCUGCCAACAAGAAGAAACUGAAGGAGAUCGAAGACGAAAUUCUGGAGGUCCUGUCGACGGCAGAGGGGAAUAUUCUCGAGGACGAAACAGCGAUCAGCGUGCUUAGUUCGUCCAAGGCUCUUUCCGACGAGAUCGUCGCGAAACAAACGGCAGCUGAAAUCACGGAGAAGUCCAUCGACGUCGCGAGAUUGGAGUACACGCCCAUAGCUGCAUACAGCACCAAGAUUGGAUUAAUCGAACUGUUUUCUCCAGCUGUCCUGACGAAUAUCGACCCGAUGUAUCAGUACUCUUUGAUCUGGUUCGUAAAUCUGUUCAGUAACACGAUCGAAAACACCGAACCGGUCGAAGACAUUCAGCAACGAUUGAAGGACCUCACGAAACACUUUACGUAUUCUCUCUACGUAAACAUAUGUCGGUCGUUGUUCGAAAAGGACAAGCUUUUAUUCUCGCUGUUGCUUUCGGUAAACCUGCUGAAUAAGCAGGGACAACUUUCGAUGCCUCAAUGGAUGUUCCUGUUGACCGGCGGCGUCGGGCUUGAGAACCCUUUCGCAAAUCCCACGGAAUGGCUACCUUCGAAAUCCUGGGACGAAUUGUGCCGUUUGAACGAUAUUCCGGAGUUUGAGGAAUUUAAAAAUGCGUUCAAGAAAAAUCUAGAUGGUUGGAAAGCGGUCUUUGAUCACAUGGAGCCUCACACUUUAACAUUCCCGGCGCCUUACGAGCAGCUCACCUUAUUCAAGAGAAUGAUCGUGCUGCGAUGUAUCCGUCCUGACAAAGUCGUGCCAGCCGUCCAGCAAUUUGUAGAAGAGCAACUGGGACAUCAGUAUAUUGAGGCGCCGCCCUUCGACCUGGUGUCGUCGUUCGCGGACUCGAACUCCUGCAGCCCCCUGAUAUUCGUGCUGACGCCCGGCGCCGAUCCUAUGGCGAUUCUACUGAAAUUCGCCGAUGACCAGGGCUUCGGCACAAAUCGACUGUUCUCUCUGUCUUUGGGUCAAGGACAAGGAGUUAUUGCCGCCCAACUUAUCGACGAAGGAAUGAAAAAUGGCACCUGGGUGGUUUUGCAGAAUUGUCAUGUUGCCAAGAGCUUUAUGCCGGACUUGGAAAAGGAUCCAAUAUGUGACGAGGACUUCUUCGAAACGUGCAAGCAAAAGGAGAUUUUCAAGAAGCUACUUUUUUCAUUGUGCUUUUUCCACGCGAUUGUUCAAGAACGCAGAAAAUUUGGGCCGAUCGGUUGGAAUAAUCAGUACGAGUUCAACGAGACUGAUCUGCGGAUCAGUGCGUUGCAAUUGAAGAUCCUCUUGGAUCAGUACGAUGACGUUCAAUUUACCGCCUUGAAAUAUUUGACAGGCGAGUGCAAUUAUGGCGGCCGUGUGACAGACGAAUGGGAUAGAAGAACUUUGAACACGGUCCUCGUGAGAUUCUAUUGUAUGGAAGUCAUCACUCAGGAGAAAUAUCUGUUCGAUCCUAGUGGCAUAUACUAUGUACCUCAAGUCAGUAAUCACGAGGAAUUUCUUGAUUAUAUUAGAUCUUUCCCAAUGACCACUGCACCUAGUGUCUUCGGGAUGAACGAGAAUGCAGAUAUUAUUAAGGAUCAACAUGAGACUACGUUGAUGCUGUCUUCUUUGCUGGCAACACAAGACACCGGAGAAACGGAAAUAGACGUAGGAAAAUCACCCGACGAGAUUGUCUACGGCGUUGCGUCUGAUAUUCUGUCAAAGUUGCCCGACGACUUCGAUCUAGUGGAUGCACUCGAGAAAUACCCGACGUUAUAUAAUCAAAGCAUGAACACGGUGCUGGUCCAGGAAAUGGGAAGAUUCAACAAGCUUCUGCAAACGAUCAGGAAUAGCCUCAUAAAUGUUCAGAAGGCGAUCAAAGGUCUGGUGAUCAUGAACCCGGACCUCGAGGAGGUCUACGUGUCGAUAAUUGUUGGAAAGAUACCGAAGAUGUGGAUGACGAACUCUUAUCCGUCGUUGAAGCCGCUAGUUACAUUACUUGAUUUCUCUUCGUUGCAGCUGUGGUACGACGAAGGACCACCGACAACCUUCUGGAUCUCUGGUUUCUAUUUUACGCAGGCGUUCCUCACCGGUGCACGUCAGAAUUAUGCGAGGAAGUACUCGAUACCGAUAGAUCUGCUCGUCUACGAUUUUACCCCUUUGAGGGAGACCGUUUUCCCUGAACCGCCAGCCGAUGGUGUUUACAUUUACGGUCUGUUCCUUGAUGGGGCUCGUUUCAACAGAACAACUAUGAAACUUGACGAAUCAUUGCCGAAAAUUUUGUACGACGUCGUACCUUAUAUUUGGCUGAUACCGAUGAAAAAGGACGAUCUGCCGGAAAGGUACACGUACACCUGUCCGGUGUACAAAACCACGGAGAGGAAAGGUGUGUUGUCGACGACCGGCCACUCGACGAACUUUGUAAUCGCCAUAUGGCUCCCGACGGACCAUCCACCGGAGCAUUGGAUUCUGCGUGGCGUAGCAAUGAUUUGCCAAUUGUCCGAUUAA